AUUUUUGGAAAAAACAGAAAAUUAAUUUGACACUAAAUUUAAAUAUGCAAAAGACGGAGAGCAAGAAGAUAGAUUCAGAGACAAUGUCGUUCUGCGUGGACAUUGUCACCGAGGAUUCCUUCUAUGAGAAUCUGACCCUCGGCGUAGUCAAGAUCCUCGAGAACUCGCCAUGCGUGAGAAAUGUACGGGUCGAGAGGCGAAAUGGCUGUGAACCUGGAGCUAUCACUAAUUGGGAGCAACGCCAUUGCUGUACGCUUCCUGAAGACAUUCGGAAUUUCUAUGCUUCUAUCGAUGGUUUCCUAUUACAAUGGAAUUUUGAUAUAGCAGGCGAAGAAUUUUCAAUAGGUCGUAUGGAAAUCGGCGGUCUUUCGUCUCUGAAGAGAUACGUCGGUAAGGAUCGGCAGACAGGACCAUCGAUGCAGGAAUCGACAGGAAUCCAAACGGGAAACGUCGCUGAACUGCAAGAUACCAUGUUCUCCGGGGAUUCACGUGAUUGUAAAUUCUUUGAGAUUGGCCAGUGUUUCCCGGGACCCGAAAACGGCAGGAUUUAUUUGGCAUAUCGUUCUAAACAGGAACAGAACUCGCCCAGUAUUUGGCUCUAUCGAGGCAGUGGCUGGUACCACUUGGCUGACAAUUUUACCAUAUACUUCCGUAUGAUGCUGGCUCAUUUGGGCUUGCCACUGUGGCAGUGUUGCGUCGCCGGAUUACCUCUGCCUACUUGGAUCGAGCAGGCGUAUUUUCUGGUCGGACCCCACCUGCUGCCAUCCACCAUUGAGCCUACUGAGACCGUGUCUGCUUCAUUGUGGAACAAUGGACCCAUCAAUGUUCUUGAUCCAGCUAUCUUUAAAGCUAAAGAUAGCAAGCAGAGGAAUGCUCGCAAAAAGUGAGCUUGUUACAAGUUUAAUGGUAUUAAACUUUUUGACAGAAGCAAAGUUCUGCU